CAGAACGACCCCCUACCAAGGAGGACGCCCCUUCCCCGACUGGCGAGAUGCCGUCCAUCAAUAGAAACGGACAACUCUCCAAACAAGGCUCCCUCACAAUCGUUAGACGAAGUAGUGCCAAAAAACAGCAACGAACAACCAGUGAAGAAGAAAGUGUUGAUAGUGAUGAUUUGACCACAGACAACCUUCCGGCGAUAGACACACCCGACGCUUGUGAUAAAGCCGCGGCUAGGUUGCGUUGUUUACUAAAACAGUUAGAACGUGGAGAGAUCUCGGCUGACGUAUUGCAAAAGAAUUUGCAGUACGCAGCCAGAGUCCUGGAGGCGGUCUUCAUCGAUGAAACUAAGCGAUCUGACACGAAAGCUGCCACCGACCGUUCUGAAGGAGAGACGACAAUCAACAUCACCCAGAGAAAACUCAAGACCCCCGUCUGGGCCGUCAGAUCCUCAGUGAGGAAAAAGGAGCAGGGCGAGGAGUCAUCGAGGAGGUUGGCGGACGAGGAUGACGAGCUGUCCGAGGUACAGCCGGACGCGGUUCCCGCCGAAGUACGAGAAUGGCUCACCUCCACAUUCACGAGACAGCUGGCACCUACGAGGUGUCGGAAGGAGGAGAAGCCCAAGUUUCGGUCAGUCGCCCAGGCCAUCCGAGCAGGGAUAUUCGUUGACCGAAUCUAUCGGAGAAUGGCCGCCAGUGGGUUUAUGCAGUUUUCACCGGAAAUCGUCGAGGUCUUAAAGUCCCUAGACGACUGGUCAUUCGACGUAUUCUCCCUAGGCAAAGCGGCGCAGAACCAGCCUGUCAGAUAUCUCGGAUACGACCUUCUUAACAGAUACGGCUGCCUGUCUAAGUUUAAGAUAAGUCUUCAGACAAUAGAAAACUUCCUCAACAGGGUCGAACAAGGGUACUUGAGGUAUGGGAACCCUUACCACAACAAUCUUCAUGCCGCCGACGUGGCCCAGUCCGUCCACUAUAUGCUCUGUCAAACAGGCCUCAUGAACUGGAUGACGGACCUAGAAAUCUUCGCCACACUGAUCGCCGCUCUAAUACACGACUACGAACACACGGGGACGACUAACAAUUUCCACGUCAUGAGUGGAACGGACACGGCGCUCUUGUACAACGACAAGGCAGUUCUAGAGAACCACCACCUCAGUGCCUCAUUCAGGGUUCUUAAAGAAGAAGAUUGCAAUAUUUUGAGUAAUAUGUCGAGAGAAGAAUACAGGGAAUUCCGAUCUUUAGUGAUAGAAACAGUACUGGCAACGGAUAUGAGCUGUCAUUUUCACCAACUCAAGAACAUGAAGAAUUUACUUUCUCUUCAAGAACCAAGCAUCGACAAGGCGAAGGCGUUAUCUCUAGUUCUCCAUUGUUGUGAUAUCUCACAUCCUGCCAAGAAGUGGGAUCUGCACUUCCAGUGGACGUCGCUGCUACUGGAGGAGUUCUUCCUGCAAGGAGACCGAGAGAAGGAGUUAGGACUUCCAUUCAGCCCUCUCUGUGACAGGAAAAACACCUUGGUCGCGGAGUCUCAAAUAGGUUUCAUAGAGUUCAUCGUGGACCCUAGCAUGUCAGUCUGUAGUGACAUGUUAGAAGCCAUCCUCGCCCCCGUGGUCGCCCCUGCGGCCGCCAAGGAAGUCAAGAGAUCAGUGUCAGUCUCGGAAGACACGAGAAAACAUCAUGAACAAAUCAAUUGUGACGAUGCGCCGCCUCCAUUCACAAUAAAAAAGCCUUGGUUAACCUGCCUCGCGGAAAACAAGAAGAUCUGGAAAGAAAGAGCAGUUAUAGAUGCGGCAGCAAGAGCAGCUGCAGAAGCGGCGGCGGCGGCAGAAGCAGAGGAAGAAGAAAGGAGAAAACAAGAAGAAGAGGGUCAGAAAAGCGAGGGGAAGGUUGAAGAAUAGCAUCAAAACAGCCUUCGUCCAUUGGCUGCGUACCAUGGUGUAGCUUUAUCCUUAAGCCGCUUGACGCUUAUGUAUAAUGUGUAUAUUCUACCAUGCUAGACUGAUAUCAAGUAGGCUGAUAUAUUCAUGCACUUCUUCUUCUCACAGCCUGAACAAUGUAAGAUAGUGAAUUUUCUAUGUUCUCAAUCGCAUUGUACAAAGUUUUAUUGUAAAAAGUCUUCAUUGUUUCUCUCUCUGUAGUUUUCAGAUUUGUUAUUUAAUACGCUAUAAAAGACAAAUUUCAAGAUUUAAGUAGUUUAGUAAAACUAUUAAACGUUGUUUUUUUUAGUUAAGUUUGUUUUGUUGUGUACCACUGCGAAAUGGUAUGAAAAAGGUACUGUAAUUAAAGAAAAUAGUUCGUAACUAAUACGAUACACUUGAUUAGUACACUUAGAUUAUCCGAAAGUCCAGAAAUGCAGUGUGGUUCUCGUUUUUUCAACAUUUUGAUAAUUCAUCCAACAUUGUUUAUAACUAUGUGUAUAAUUUCUCCUACUUUCAUUAAGUAGCCCUGCUUAUACUGUAUACGUUUAAAAAUGUGACGAGGGCCAAUAGACCAAACUUUAAGAUCGUCGUAUUGAUAUUUCAUAGAUAGAGUUCACAUAAAGACUUACUUCAGCAGGUGGCAUGCAAAAAUUUUAUUUACUAGUAAAAAUUGGGUUUACGAAUCAAACUUUCUUUCAAGCUUAGUUUAGUUAUUUUAAUACGUUGUCCUCAACAAUACAAAUAAUAAACUGUAUUUUAAAUUUAAUCGUUUACUAGUUAACUUUGAAAACAUCUUUCUAAUCACUCUUUUAUUCAUAAAAAACCUUUUCUACAUAAUCGUGAGUAAUACUGUACAGCUUCCUUUGUACAUAAACUAGAGAUUCUCGUUGUAAUUUUCCUACCUGCAAUAUUAUACCGUUAUCGUUUGCGUAAGGCCAGUUUUCACUUGUGCAUUUAGAGUGGUAAUAAGAACACCAGCUUUUCAUAGUAUAUACAGAGCUAUUUUGUAGAAAAUAUAUCUCUUACGAAAUGUACUAAGGGUCGUUCUAAAUAAUGUAAUUUUAAGACUUAACAAGUUUAGGGGUUAUUUUCAAUGCUGAAAGCUCUGGUUUCUUGGUUAGUUCCGUUUCGGAGAAUUGAUUCUAUCCGCUAUAAGCAACAGGAAGUAUUCGUGUUCUUUGUAUAUGAAACAAUCAGUUUUGUAUUAUGAACUUUCGAAAAAAAUACUGAAGAUAACGAUUAAAAACGAGUGAUUGGUUUUUUUAAAUUUGUAUUUUUAUAUUUUGGUCGAAACCGUACGCUUAUAAUCUUUAUGUAUCCGUGUGUAAAUAAUACCAAGAACAAAACUGAAAUGUCACAACACAAUAUUUUUUUUGUUUAGUUCUAAUUUUUUCAAGAGUUUAACUUACCAUUACUAAAGAUAAUGUGUGCUAGAUAAUGUGAAAAAAAAAACUUUGUCCAACACUAUCAAAUUAUUCAUGUUAUAGUUCUUCCUUAUAUUUCAUAUUUAAUAUUUUACCCAAUUCCUUGCCAAUAUGAUAAACUGCUAAGAUAAACUUUUAUUCUUUGCUAUUUAGCUUGAGAAUUUAAAAGAAAUGCAUCCUGCAUUCCCUACCUUAAAGCGGACAAUUUACAUGUCGGUCGCAUUUCACUGGUUCAUUUACAGUGUGACUAAAGUAUACAUAUUGUGAUUGUAUCACAGUUGUUAUUCUGAACUAACAGUGAUACAUGAACAUGUAUACUGAUAACUACCACAUAACUACUGGCAACCACGUACUUCGUGCAAUACAUUAAGGGUGUUGAUCAAUAAUGUAUUUCCCCAGAAAUCAGUCAAUAACCAAAAUCCGAUUUGAUAUUUUUUAACAAAAUAAUCAUGUGUUGAAUUUGUUCUAUUCAUAAUUCAUAGACUACUAUGUUAUGUCUAUAGAUCCAAAUGUUGUAUACGGAUUAAAAUAAUUUGGACUUUUUCAAUCCAUAAUGCUUUCCAGUUUAAGUGAACCUGAAUAGCUUAAAAUGAAUAAAAUAAUUUUUUGAGAAUUAAUUUAAAUAAAACAUUAUAUAUGGAAUUAUCUUUAAUAAAAUCCACAAAUUCCAUUGAAAUAUAAAAUAGAGCCGCCAUCAUACUUUUACGACAUACAUUUCAGUUUUGCAUCAUCAUGGAUGUUUGAAAAUAGAUGUUUUAAUGUUCUGUGUUCGUGCAGUUUAUUUUUUAUCGGUGUAGCAGUCACAUUGAUUUUGUUCAUUGUUAUGCAUGAGAUUUACACGCUCAUGGUUUGGAAAGAGCGGGUUCCACUGAUAAAUUACUAUCGUUGUUACAAUAAAACUAUAUAUAAAUAAAAUCUUUCGUGUGAUCCAGGAUUGUGUAAUAUAUAGGGCCUAUUAAUAUGUACAGCUUACCAUCUGUGCGUAAAACGCUUGAUCGUAUAGGUUAAUACCUUGUUGAAAUUUAUAAAGUGAUAUGUUAUCUACUGUGCAUAUUUUAAUAAUUAAUUCUAAGCGUACAUGUUCGUUAACUGUGAAAAGUUUAAUAAUUUUAUGGGUUUGUAGAUAAUGUUAUAAAGUUUAAUAUUGUUAACUUCUUAAAUUAAUUUAGUGUUAAUGAUGUUCCUAUAAUUUUGUUGAGGUUUUAGGUAUGUGUCGAAUAACCAAGCUUUAGAACUUUGUGUUUAAUUUACGCUUUUCAGAUUUAUAUAUUAUAGUUAUCUCUUAAGGUAUACAAGCUUACGGUCCAAAUUGAAAACAAGUAAAAAUUAUUAAGAAGAAGGAAAAAAUAUAAAAAUAAUAACAUUCUUCAUUUCUAUGUUUGACGACACUGAGACUCUUUUACAUUCUUAACUAUAUCCAUAAAACUAAAUAGCUUUAUUAAGCCUGUUAUGUUAAGUUAUAUCAGCUCACUCUUAGUAGUGAAAAACAAACGUUUGAAUAAGAAUAUUGUAAUAUCCACAGCUUUGAAAGAGUUUUCUCUGGUACUCUUGUCUUCAAAAAAAGUAUUAAAAGUAUAUCAAAUUAAUCAUAACAUAAGGUAAAUCCCUGUGUUUCAGUAAUUGUUCUCUACAUUAUGACUCUAUGAGCUUUGAUAAAAUUCUCAGUUUCGACAAACUUAACUAUAGAGUCAAACCUCAUUCUUCAAUACUGGAAGGUGGAACGCCUGAAGUGAAAAUCCUAGUUUCGUAUUCAUUUGUAAAUAGAUUUUCAACCACAGUUUUUGGACACAGGGUGAACACAUUAAAGUGAAUAUAAGAGGUGUGACCGUCAAUAUUUCAUUUUCUAAUAGAAUAGAUAUUGAAUCUUGUUAGGAUCUGAUUGGUCUACGAUGUAAAGGUGAUUGUUUUAUAGUUGAAAGCUACUACAAUUUCUGAUAAGUUUACCGAAUUUUCAAAACAAUAGUUUUACCACUCCGGGGUAAUUUGCCAAGUUCAUUCCCACCAAUUAAAUUUAAGAGUUUGUCUACCACAUUUUGCCUUCGAGAUUAUUAAAUUGUUUUGCAAUUCAUACCAAGUGCUACAAAAUUGUAUAUAUCCUAGAAAACAGAACUUAAAUAAAGAUAAUAAGCUAAUAAGAGCAAAAAUAUUAGUUGAAAAGUGUUAUAACCGCUUUAACUAAACACCAUCGAGAUUUAGGAAUCCCCUUUGUACAGUUAGUCUCAGUUUAGUCAGAAGAUAUGGUUUUCUUGACUCAAUAUCAAUUAUCGUACUUAAACUUAACCGGACUUAAGAUAUAGAUCAAAAUCUACAUCAAAUCACACAAUACAGGGUGAAAACUCUCAACGUGUCCGAAUAAACGCAUUUCUUACCAAAAAGCUGUAUAAAACUGGUCCAUACAAACUGGUUUUCUACUCUACCAUCAGAAUUUAAUAGUAAACAACUACUGAUAACCUAACAAGAAAGUAACCUACAGUACGGUUCACGAGAGUCGCAUUUGAGGUGCCUAUUUACCACGUGACUUUGAAGGAGCCAAUGAGGACCCCUCGCUGUUGCCAAUUUUAAUAAUACCAGCUAAUUUGAAAAUAUUGUUUAGUAUAUUUUUAUUAGAUUCGAAAAUUAUUGAACGGGCGAUGUUGCAACGACGCGCUAGUCCAGUCUGCUAUUGGCAACCUCCGGUUGUGAUUACCUUCACAACAGGAGACAAUUUGUGUCAUUACAAGGAGCCUCCUCUCAAAUCAAAGACCUACACCAUGGUGUGCCCCAAGGAUCUGUGCUAGGACCCAUCCUAUGAUAAAUGACCUAUCUUUCAACAGACGCACACUUCUUUUUGCAGACGACACUACGUUGUUAACGAGGCACAGUAACCUAACUGAUCUGAAGGCUGAGGCAUCCUACUUGCUUGAGGAAACCAAGGAGUGGUUUGCAAGAAACCGGUUAAAACUUAAUGAUGAGAAAACCCAAGCCAUCACCUGCACUCUCAAGAAAGGUAAUGACGAUGAGGCAGUCAAACUACUUGGCUUUUGGAUUGAUUCAAAGAUCAAUUGGAGUCAGUAUAUUGAGAAGGUAUGCGUUAGAUUAAGCAGAAUUCUAUUCCUUGUACGAAAACUAAAGUACCAGAUCACUCGUCCCUAUCUGCUAAUGGUCUACCACUCUCUCUUCCAUAGCCACAUAAACUAUGGUCUGGCUGUGUGGGGGCAUAGCCCCGCUACCCAAAGUCUGUUGCUACUUCAAAAGAAGGCCGUACGAAUAAUAACAUCGUCAAGUUCAACUGACCAUUGUCGGCCUAUUUUCAAGGAGCUUGGCAUCCUGACCAUUCACAGCCAAUACGUGCUUAACAUCCUAGCCCUCCUGAAAGAAAAUGAACCAUCCUUCAUGACUAGAAGCGUGCAGCAUGAUUAUGGGACGCGCAGAGCAUGUGAUCUUGACCUGCCCCGCUGCCGCCUCAGUCACACUCUUAACUCCUACCCAUCACUUGCUAUUCGGCUUUUUAAUACGCUGCCGAUAGGAGUUCGUGCACUUGACAAAAAGAGAUUUAAGCUAACGCUACGCCAGAGUUUGCUCAGUAGACCGCUAUACUCCUGGCAAGAAAUGUUUGACGAGCCUCUGGUUUUUGUAAAUAAUACCGCCAUACCCGCCAUUGUUGCUUAGUUGUAUAUAUAUGUUUUGUGUUUUAAAUGUAAAUAAACGCAAUCUAUCCAACUUUGUUGGUUAAGGAUGAAGUAACCAAGUAUCAAGUAUCAAGUAUCAAGUAAGUAAGUACAAUAAAGGUAUUUAUACCGCUUAUAUUGUAUCUUGGCAAUCCGGAGGCUAAAAAAUUAAAUUCCAAAAUUUACUUCAGAUUGUAUUAGCUUUCAACUCGAACACUAAGGCGUAGGCUUAGAUUGCGUCAGGGACCAGUAAGUUCACUAUUUGCAGUAAGGAGCAUAUCACGAUUGAUUCGUUGCUAAAGGUAUUUCAGAAUUAGAAAUAGAAUAGUCAUCCUUAAUUACAUAAGUUAGACAUUUUCCACCGUAACCACUGUCUGUUUCACGUGUGGAAUUGUAAAUAACUAGGCCUAUUGCUUUGGAACUCUAAACUCUCGUUCCGAUUUCUUUGUAUUGGCCUUAAGCUGAACAAUGAUAUUAGGUUAAGGAAUUGUGUAUAGUUUCAGAAAUUUACAUUUCUAUUGCUACUCAUUUACAUAUCGUUUAAAAGACGAGUCUGUACUUAUUUGGUUGUUUUCACUGAAUUUUGCACUUGUAAAUUAUAUUUAUGACAAGUCUGUAUACAUAAAGUAACAAAUAAUG